AUGCUACAAAAGAAUAGUCAUCAACAACAGCUGCAGCAGCAACAUACACAUACAACAAAUCCAACACCUUCCAUUCUUAGGAGGGUUAAUAAUCCCCUACGUCCACCAUCAACACCACCAAAUAACAAUAAUAAUAAUAGGUUUUCCUCUCCUUCCUCAUCUAUAACUACACCACCACCUCCUUCUCUAAAUUCACCACGAGUUGCAAAUUCUUCAAUAACACCUCCUCCUCCACCUAGAAGUGGAGUCACACCUUCCCCUCCUAAUCCAAAUUUAUUACUUCCAGGAGAAACAAAAAUUAAUAAUAAUAUUGUCGUUAAAAGGAAGAGGAAUAGACGUAGUAAAAAUUUCGAUACAGUCACAACACCCUCCCCUACGAGGUACAUCUAUCCACAGCCAACAUUUCCGACAUGUUAUUAUCCAAUUCCUCAAAUACCUGUUCAUCCAAUUCCAUCACUUCCUCUAGGUAUUAAGGGACUUUAUUCAAAUCCCUACUCUGCAACAAAUUAUUAUCCUACUCAUCCUUCUUUUCCUCUUCAACAACAACAACUUCAACAACAGCAACAACCUAGGUACAAUACCACAAUACCAGCAACACCACCAUCAAAACAAGACUCACAUAAUAAAACCUCAGCAAGCAAAGAGGAAGUUCUGGCAGAGGGUAACUGUAUAAUAGACGAUGAAAAUGGUUUUAAUACUUCCGAUAUUUGUAUGUCUAACGAUUCGGAAAAUUCAGGGCAUAAGAGGAGAAGUAUUGUGACCAAGUUGAGGCACCUUGUCAACAAGACAGGUGAAUGUUUGACAAAAACAAGACUUAAGGAAAUAGAGAAUAGAGAAAAAGAGGAAAAGGAAGAAAUACUUGCUUACUUUAAAGAUGACUCGCCAAAACCAAUUCCCGAGAAGGCCCUACUGCCAGAAAAUAAGGAUAGAAAGAAAAUUUUGGAUUUGGAAUUUUCUCAAUUAGUAUCCAUCUCUAGGUCAGCAUUUUCCCAUCUUGCAAGAGAGUAUUCAAAAAUUGGGAUUGAUAUUUCAAUGAAUAGAUUUGUAAAACCAGAAAAAUCAUCGGAAUCUACCAUUCCAAGUCUCUUAAGUGAUACAUCCCACUUCUUCUCAAUGGUAGAGUCUUUGGUGGAGGCAAGUAGGAAGGAAAUACCACAACAAGAUCAAAUGGGAUCGACAGUUUUAAAUGUUCUUAAAACAAUGGAGUCUGUAUUGUUGGACGAUACAGACACGAGAAUACUUUUAAGCCAUCCUUCAACAUCUGUCUAUCCAAUUGAAAAUGAUUCGGAGGUAUAUUAUGAAGAUAUUGUACCACAAUAUCUCUUUUAUAAUAAUAAUAAUAGUAAUGGAAUUAAGGAAACAGACUCAUUGAAUAGCAGUUUAAUUGCAGUAGAAAGAUCAGAUUUUGCCCAACAAGCAGACGUGAAUUGUAGCUCAAUAACUAUUCAAACAGAUGAUAAGUCUGUUGAGGAGGUUUCCCUACAGACCUCACCUAUUGAAUCAAGUUCUGUCGAUAUUCAAACAGAUGAAGAGCACACGACUAGAUCAUCAAUAGAUAUUCAAACAGAACAUGCUGUGAAUCAGUUAUUAUCGACUGAUGUUCAAACAGAACCAGUUAAUUUUGCUGCCCCUAGGAAGCAACAUGUCACUAUUGAGACCCAAACUGAUAGUGUGGAGAAGAUUUGUAUUUCUACAAUGACUGAUGAAUUACCAGUUGAAAAAUCAGUAAUUGAAAAACCAGUAAUUGAAACACCAGUCGUUACACCAGAGGUAGAACAGGAAUCCAACUCUUCAAAAAAGAGGAAAAAGGAUGAUACCUCUUCAUCUUCAUCAUCAAGCUCGGAAGACUCAGAAUCGGAGGAAGAACAAACAAAACCAAAACGAAAACUCAGGAAACGAACUAUCAUCACAACCAAAACAACAACUAAGAAGAAAGAUGAACCUGUCUAUUUCGUUGAAAAAGUUGUCAAACAUGACAAUAUUGAUGGCAAGCAUUGGUUCUAUGUGAAAUGGGAAGGUUUUUCUUCUAGGUUUAACUCUUGGGUUGAAGAACAUGAUAUUCUUGAUAAGUCCUUAAUACGGAAAUAUAUUAAAAAAUAA